AUGACCCGGAGCGUCGAAGAUCUGUUCCGUGCGGCUGCGAUUCUGACUGGUCCCUCGGGGUCUUCGGACGCGCGGUCUACGCAUCUCAAAGAUGUUCUCCGCAGGCGCAUGCUCGAAUACAGCGAGGCUUUGGGGAAGACCGCAUCGACGGAUGAAAUGACUCUGGAAACACUCCAGUCGUUCACUGCCCUAGAAGCGCUGUCUCUUCUGGAACUUUUGCACGAGCAACUGAAGGCCCCAGGUGCAACCCUUCCUCAGGAAGGGACCCCCGUAGGAGGACCGCUCCCAGGAGGUGCUCCGCAGCACGAACAACCCCUCCUCGGGACCCGGGAUAUUGCCUUGAUUCGUACGCUGCUUUCCGUACUGUUCAAGUGGGCCGUAGCCCCGCUUUUGCGACGUAUCGUCGCAGCUAUUCCAUCGACUUCUGCAUCACAGGGUAUCGCCCGCGCGGGCAUCAUCGAUCUGACUGGGCUUCCUCACGAGUUCUCCAUGCUCUCUUCGAUCUCAUCGCGCCUCCUCGCCCUUGUCCUGCCUGCAGGACCUGGAUCGCCGAUCUCCCAAUCUGGUGUGACUGCGGCCCUCCUGAACAGGCAGUUGUCUGAGCUCCUGGUGCCCUGCAUUGUCAUAGGCUGGUUACCAAAAUCUCUGGCGUCGGAUACGAUGCCUACAGCCGACAACGUUCGACCUCUGGUCAUGCACCUCCUCUCUAGAUUACCUGCAUCCCAUGUCAUAUCAGCCGUAGGCCUUGCAUUGUCUGGCACAUCUUCGUCGCUGCCAUACGUCCGCAAAACGUGCACAUUUAUUCUCAGUCGCCAGCUGUUGCGCCCCGAAGGAAUCCGUGGCUUGUGCGAGUCUGUGUUUGGCGAUGAAGAUGCUUCCGGGGAGGAUGUUGCCUUGGACAAGCUCGAACAUGUUUCCCGUUUGCUAAGCACUGUCCCCGCCGGAAUGAAGGCUCAGGAGUAUCUCAACAUCGUGGUCCCACGCAUGCUACUGUUGUUGAGCUUAGAUGAGCGGGCCCUUCCGCCUGCACAUCGACGUUCCCUCGCCUUCUCCUUGUCGCGCAUGCUUGCAAAUGAGGACACCAGCGAUAUAAGACAGAUAGUAAUGGGCCUAGUAUUUCCUAUGUUGCACGAGCCGAUCCUGCACGGCUCCGGCAACAUAUCUCCUAUGGCAUCGCUCAACACCAUACAAGUUCUACUAACGAACACAGACCCAUCACCCUACCUUAUAUCUGCUCUUCUGACGCCCAUCGCACCCUCUUUGUACUCCUUGUACGCAUGUCUGGAGCAGGCGAAGGCAUCCGAUCCGAUUCUGCGGGCGACCAUCAAAAGCUUUCUCUCCACCUGGGGAAGACUUGUGAACAGUGAAGAGGCGAUCACGACGAUUUGGCGCAUCAUCAAUGGUGAAGGUGGUGAUUGGCGCGUCAAUCUUGCUGGAGAAAUCUCGAGGGUCGAAGAAGGACAGACAAAUGAACAACCCGCUCUAUCGCUAUUUACGCCACAGAGCCUAAAGGAGGCCGAGGAAGCCGGGGAGUUCGACGUUGACUCCAAUCUCUUGGGUCUCAAACCUGACCCGGUCCGAUUAGUCCAAUUUCUCAAAGACCUAGAUCGCGCGGACGUUUCUUCCGACUUGUUUGUGCAGCUGUUGGAGGCAUACAGGGACUCAAGAGUACAGGACGACGGGGACCCUCUCAGAACUCUUCUAUAUCUACAACUCGUACUGCAGAUGCAAACACAACUGUCAUCAAGCGACACUUCCAACAUUCUCAAGAAGCCGGAACACGUUCUAUCGUUCAUCAAACACGCCCUGGAGAAUCCGCGACAGGCGGAGCAUUCGGCAUUCUCCAGGAAGCCUGCCUCAACCACAGGACUACGUAUGGAAGACCUGCGCAUCGUUCCAGAGGAGGAACCCGAUGAACUGGAAGAGGAAGGCGAUAGCGACGACGAAGAUGAAGGCGGAGAACAGGAGCACGGCCCCGACGACAUGACAUCCACCGCUGUGAAGCUGCUUCUCGCCGUUCUCGACGCAAACACCGACUUGUCCGCACGGACUGCUCCGGUACUGGCCGAUAUCUUCUCCCUACUCGAGUCCAUCUCGAAGGCACCAGAAGAGGAACUCCGUUCCCUCGCGCGAGAGGCUCAGAUGGUGAUGACCGCGCGCCUCGCAUCUACAUCCGAGCCCACCGGUAGAAAACAGCGGAAGACGUCCACGUCCGACGAUACGGAGGACCCACAGGAGACCUACCAGAAAGCGCUCAAGCUCCUGCAAGACCAGCUCCUUCCCGUGCGCGCACACGGCCUCAUGCUCCUGCGGCAGCUCGUGUCGGCGCGCAAGGACGCGUCGGGGGCGCUCAGCGAGCCCUCGAUAGACCGCGCACUGAUCCCUGGAAUCCUGUCAAUAUUCAUGCAGUCCGUGCAGGACGACGACUCGUAUAUGUUCUUGAACGCGGUGCAGGGUCUCUCGGCGAUGGUCGACGGUUUCGGCAAAGAGGUCCUGCGGAACCUCGUCUCCGUUUAUGCGGAUGGUCUUGACGGCCUCAGCGCGAGCGCGAUGUCGCAGCACGAUGUCGACAUGCGAACGCGCGUCGGAGAGGCCCUUGGGCAGGUCAUUCGACGGUGCGGCGACGCCUUGCCGUCUUACGCAUCGAUCCUGAUCCCGCCACUAUUCCAAGUGGUCAGGGCGUCCCACUUUCCGACCGUCCUGCGCGCAUCCGCGAUCUCGCUCCUCGCGCAGUGUGUCAACACAAGCGCGCUCGCAGUCCUGCCGUACACCGUCGAGUUCGCAGACGCCAUGAUAGACCUCCUGCAGGUCGAAUCGGUCCCGGCAACCCAACGAAGGCUUACGCGCUCCGCGCCGGACGCGGACGUUGAAGGGAGCGACAAGGCACCACCCGCCAGCGAUGUGCAGCCGACCUCUGCGAACACGAAGUUCCCGCCACUCCGGCGUGCCGCGCUGCACUUCCUCGCGCUGCUGACACAGGCGUGCACGCGCCACGUCUUCGAGACGGGAAGCGCGGAUCGGCUGCUGCUGCCGCCGGGCCUGCUCCGGCGCGCGAAGACCACGCUGGGGUACAUCGCUGCGACGGACGCGGACGAUGUCGUGCGCGUGAUGGCGCGGGAGACGGUGGACGCCCUAGACCAACUAGCGGAAGCCAUCGUCGGGCUGUAG